AUGUCACGUCUUGAAGAAGAUAUUACUCCACCUUAUAUUCUGACACCAAAUCUUCCAUUCAAUCAAAACUUAAUUACUCAUUAUUUACUUUGCAAUACUGAUGAUUGCACACCAAAGGUUAAAGCUGUAAUUCAAAAAUUUGAAAGGGAAGUCUUGAAAGAUCCAAGAAAUUUAUCAAUUUUAUUUCAAUUGAGCUUUUCAAAGAGACAACAUAUGACUAGAAUAAUCAGAGAUAUAUUACAGUUCAUGUCUAAUAAAUCAAACUUUGAUAUAAAUCAACCAUUCAAGUUGGAUGAAGAAACUUUGCUAUAUGUUAAGUCAAAAUAUUCCAAUAAAGAUCGAGCAACUAAGCAGCUUUUCAAUAAUGCGUUGGAUUAUUUGAAGAAAUUUUUUAUCUACUGUUAUGAUGGACAAGAUAUUGAUUUAAAUUCAUUCAAUUAUGAAAGACAUUGUGACAAAUUGGAUCCAACUGCAUUGGAAAAUGAGAAUUGUGUAUUUGAUAAAAAUUUAAUAGGGCAAUAUACUUUAAAAAUGGAUUCCGAUGACUCUCCAAAGGUUAAAAAAUUGGUUGAUCAGUUUGAAACAGAAAUAUUGGGCAAUGUUUUAGUUUUAAAUGAAAUUUUUGGUUACAAUUAUAGAAGACGAACAGAUUGUAUUUGGAGUUGGAAAAGUAUGUUACGUACUAUGGCUGAAAAACCUUAUUACGAUUUCAAUAAAGGUGUUCAUUUGGAUAAGGAUUACUUAAUGACUCAAUUAAAUCGAAAUAAAGGAUCAAUGAUUAACGCAUACAAUGCUUUAUCUACGGUGUUGGAAAUUGCAUAUUCUAAUCCAGCUAGAUUAACUGCAGAAGCUAGAGCUGUAGAAACUAGAGCAGCAAUAGCCAGAUUGACAUUAGCAGAAAUUAGAGUAGCAGAAUCCAGAUUAGCUGCCGUUCAAGCAAUUGAAUUAGAAGCUGAAACAGCAAGAGCAGCUGCAAAUGCUGCCGAUGCUGCAAUGUUGGCUAAAAAGGCUAGAGAGUCAGCUACUAUGGUAAGGGAAGCUAGUGAAGCAAGCGAAGCCAGAUUAAAAGCAUUGGCUGAAACAGGAAUUACAGUAAAUGCGUUACAGAGUGAUCACCAAAAUUUAGCCGUGAGUACAAGUCAAGUAGAUAUGGAAUCAAAUAUUAACGUUGAAGCGAUUUACUCAAGUAACUUGAAUGCUACUGUGGAUCAUUUUAACCAAGAAUUGAAAACCACGAUUGAUAUUUUAAUUGAAAAAUGUUUGAAAAAUGAAGAUGAAAUAACUCAGGAAAGUUUAACAUCGAAUAUUGAUUCUAUAAUAUCCACAUUUUUCCAAGACAUAAAAAGAUUCAUGUCAACUCAAAAUUUAACAUCGAAUUAA